UCUUAGUAUACAAUGAGGUGAGUGCACUUUCUACUGAGUAAACUCUACGAUUCGUUCUUUACUUUAGGAAAUGAUCAGUACUAAAAGACUAGCCUCAUCUCCAACUCAACCUGUAAAUAUCAUCAGUGCACAUUUUUGCAACAUACAUUACCAAUUUUAUUCAAAGAAUAGCGCCAUCCCUGGGCAGGUGUUCAGAAGCUUCUGUCAUAUUGCCUAAUCCUGGUCAAAUGAGUCACAUAUGCGGCCGAGUAGUGAUGAUGGGGAUGUUAUUCACCCUCGUCGCGGUACCUUGCUUUAUCUUCUACAAAGAUGCAUAUCCAAUACAGUUUUCGCGUUUCUCGUGUCGUAAUGAUCUCAAUGAAAAUUCAUCUCCCCUAAAAAAUGAGCAAGUGAAAUUGGAGAGAGUACUCAAGGCAGCAUCGAUGAAAGACAAAACAGUUAUCUUAACAACAUUGAAUGAAGCAUGGGCAGUUCCAAAUUCAGUUUUUGAUUUGUUUCUUGAGAGCUUUAAAAUAGGAGACAACAUCAAACAUCUGUUGAGUCAUUUGGUGAUCAUUGCAAUGGAUCAGAAGGCAUAUGAGCGUUGUUUAGAAGUGCAUCCUCAUUGCUAUGCUUUGAAUGUAGAAGGAGUUGAUUUCACCAAGGAAGCAUAUUUUUUGAGCCCAGAAUACUUGAAAAUGGUCUGGAGUAAGAUUGAUUUUCAGAGAAGUGUUCUCGAAAUGGGUUACAACUUCCUUUUCACGGAUGCUGAUAUAAUGUGGUUUCGAGAACCAUUUACCCGGUUUUACGAGGACACCGAUCUCCAAAUAUCUUGUGACAAAUACAUCUUGAAUAACUCCUACGACUUGAACAACCAGCCAAAUUCAGGUUUUAAAUAUGUGAAAUCAAACAAUAGAACAAUACAGUUCUACAAAUAUUGGUAUGAGUCAAGAACUAAAUAUCCUAAUAAACAUGACCAAGAUGUACUCAAGGAAAUCAAAUUUGAUCCAUAUGUAAAAGAAAUUGCAUUAAAGAUUAGGUUUCUUAAAACACUUUACUUUGGUGGCUUAUGUGAACCCAGUAAAGAUAUGAACCAAGUUUGCACAAUGCAUUCAAAUUGUUGUUUUGGUCUGGAACCUAAAAUCCAUGACCUACGUCUCCUUCUUGAUGAUUGGAGAAACUACAAAUCUUUAUCACCAACUGAUAAGAGUACAUGGAAUGCAAAAUGGAGAGCACCACAAGAUUGCAGGAAGAAGUUUGAUUUUGAACAUUAUAAACCAGUGGAACAUGAAGGAAAGAAAGAUUAACAAUGACAACUUCUAUUAUCCCUUUUCGUGAACAUAUAUAAGAAGUAUACAGGCCGAUCGUAGGAAGUCAUUUCUCACAUUAUUGGAGAGAGAUUCAGCAACAUAUCAAUUUUCCUUCACAGUUUAUUUCUUUUAAGUUGAUGUAAUUUGUAAGGCUUGACCUUAUUUUUUUUUGUAAAGAAUUUUUUACUUCGGCAAUAAAUAAAGUGAGCCCACGAGAUUAGAUUGA